UCGAUUUUCCCUCCCUCCGUGGGCUGUUCCGCCUCCAUCGCUCGCCUCCCACCGAUUAUAGCUGUUUCUCCUAUCUACGAGCAGGCGACUAACAUGGAUAUUGUAAAUCAGUUGGUUGCCGGUGGACAGUUCAGGGUGCUGAAAGUCCCAUUGGGCUUCAUCAAAGUCUUAGAAUGGGUGUUUGCCAUCUUUGCAUUUUCCACCUGUGGGAGCUACUCCGGCUCCUUCAGGAUGAGCGUGGAGUGCAGAAACAGAUCAGACAGUGACCUGAAAAUAGAUGUGGAUUUUGAGUAUCCCUUCAGGCUUCAUCAAGUGUAUUUUGAUGCCCCCACCUGCAAGAAUGGCCAAAGUGACCGUUUCUUCCUGAUUGGGGAUUACUCAUCCUCAGCAGAGUUCUUUGUUACCAUAGGCGUUUUUGCAUUCCUGUAUUCCAUGGCAGCUCUCAGCAUCUAUAUCUUUGCCUUUGAGAAGUACCGUGAGAACAAUAAAGGACCACUGAUUGAUUUUGGUGUGACGUGUGUAUUCACCUUCAUGUGGCUGGUGAGCUCAGCAGCAUGGGCGAAGGGUUUGUCUGAUGUCAAGACAGCUACAGACCCAAAGGAGGUUCAAGAGCUUAUCCCCGCUUGUGACCAGGAAGGCAACCACUGCCGUGAAGUUUACGACCCCGUCAUGUCUGGUCUUAAUACUUCUGUGGUCUUUGGCUUCCUCAACAUGAUUUUGUGGACGGGUAACCUGUGGUUUGUAUUCAAGGAGACUGGGAUCAUCGCACCAUUUAUGCGUCAACAGCCUGCCCAGGAGAAGCAACCCGCCCCAGAUUCCUACGCCCAGGGGGGUUAUGAGCAGCGGGACCCAUACGCCGGCUCCCAGGGUGGCUACCAGCCCGAUUACAGCCAGCAAGGCUACAAUCAGGGUGGAGACUACAGUCAGGGCGGAUAUGAGCAGCAGGGGGCACCCACCUCCUUUUCCAACCAGAUGUGAGUGAAGAAAUAUCUGAGGAAGCAGGAGAUGGCAGAAAGAAGUUGAUCGUGUGACUCUAGCAGUGUGGUGCCUGAACCCUACCCACAACCCCACACCUCUCCCAGUUUGUGCGUCUGUGCUUACGUCUGUGAAAGAUAAGAGGGGUGGGAGGGAGGGAAAGGGACAGGGUCUAAUCUCAAAUCACAUAUAGAUGGGAGGGGGAUAGAGAGGAGGGAUUUUAAUGUGCUGUUUAUUAUUGUGACGUAUACAAAAAAAGUUUGACCAAAUUUCAAAACACUUGAAUACUGUACCAAAACAUGAAAAAGAAUAUGGAUCCUAUUGCUAUAUGAAUUUUGAAUUAAUGAUGUUGACAAUAGUAAUGCUAAACUUGAGAGAAUGUAUUUGUCUGUGCUGUAUAGAUAUCAUUAUAAAUUAAUAUAUACAUAUAUAUAUAAAAUAUAAAUAUCUCCUAAAGAUAUCAAUGAGAUUAUUCCACUGUAGUCUAAUCAAAUUUAGAGACCCUAAAUAAAUAUAAUAAUAAUAAUAAUAAUAAUAAUAAUAAUGUGAAAAAAUUCACAAAGCCCCACAUAAUUUGUUCCUUGGAAUUGUUUACCUCUGGUUGGUCGAGGUUUGGUAGAGUUUGUUCCAUUUCUAUGUUGACCUCUUUUAUUUGGUAUUUUGUUGGUUUUUAUUUCUUCAUGGGUGGGAUGGAGUUGGUGGGGGGGCGUCCAGGGCUACAUUGGGCAGAAUCAUUCCCAAACUCAUGGAGGGACCACAUUAUUUCAACCAGCAAGCAAAACGGUCAAGUGUAUCUUAAAGCAUUUCACAUUUCCUGACUGAAAAUGUUGACUUUGUUUAGUUCUCUCUCUCAAAUCUUUGUCUUUUAAAAAGCACAUGCGUUCUCAGUGCAGAAAUAGCAUGGUUGUUCAUGACGCAAUGCCUCUGAGUUCUGUGUUGAUGUAGUGCUGUUUAAGUUAGAGGAUACUAAAAAUAGAUUCAUGAAUAUAUAUAUAUAUAUAUAUAUAUAUAUAUAUAUAUAUAUAUAUGGACUGGGGUCCUGUGUGUGGAGAUGUCAGUAAUGUAGAUAUACGUGCCAGUUUCAAAUGCAUCAAUAUUUUCCUUUUUCCCUCUCUCAAAAGCAUAUACAAUAUUACAGGAUUUAAGCCUGUGAUAUCGAGGUAUAUUUUCAGAUGUAAAUAUAAUAUAUAUAUAUAUAAAGUACCUGCACAUUCUUUAACGGAUAUCAUGAACUGCUGUAAUGUGAACUUUCCAUGAUUUGCAUCAAAACAACACCCAAAAGCCGGUUUAGAUUACUUUUCUGCUUGAUCAAUCAUUCAAAAUGCAGGUGAUCAGAAAUAUCUGGUGUAUAUGAUAGCUUGACCUCUCGGCCGGAAUCAAUGGGGUCAUUUAAAUGAGCUAUGAAAUUCAUAUUUAUCAUUUGAACCGUGUUUAUGGCAGGUAACUGAUGCAAUAAAGUCUUUAAAGUUAUUGUUUUGUAUAGUAUUCAAACAGUAUUUAUUAAAGUCUAGCACUUUCAGAUGCAAGGAUGCUGAGUAAACAUCUUAUUAAUCUAGUAAAUGCACCAGAUUAGUUUUUGCCCUGAGUUGAUCAUUAUUUCAUUUAGGGCUGAUGCAGCAGAUGUUGUUAAGAUGAGAUCCUUUAUAUUAUUGCAUGAUCAGAUGCUCAUAAUGCAAGCUUACCCAGACUUAUAACUAUCUAUUUAAUAUUUUUCAGACUGUUUAAUUUGCCUGCGACUUUGAGGAAAACCAGGUUUUGCUUUUGGGUAGAAGGCCGUUGGCCUGCUAAAUGUAUUAGCGUGUCUCUCCCUCCCUCCCCUCCCUCCCUCAUUCUCUCUCUCUUUCUCUCUCUUUCUCUUCCAUUCUCUGCUCUGGCCCACUCUUCUCCUCCUCCAAAUGAAUAUGCUACUCAACUUCUCCGUUGUUAGUGGUGUUUGAUAUGUCUUGUGAAACUCUCGAUGCCUUUGGGUUGUGCUGUAUUUAAUGUGUAUGAUAUAUUCUUAGCGUUUAUGAAGAUAUUGAUGAAAAUGGUUAUGACCAUGCUGAAAACUCAAUCACCAAAAUUAUCCAGAAAUUCUGUUGUAUUGUUCUAUGGAAUCCAUGAAGGAAAAAUUCAAUAAAGAAUAAAUUAUCCUGUUGAAAGAAAGUUUUUAGUUGUUGUUGUUGCUUCUAUGAUUCAAUAAUUACAAUUAAAUAGAAUGUUU